GACAUUAUAUGGUUGGAUUUUUUUCCACCUGGAUUUUGUAUCUGCUUUGUUCAAUAGAAACUUUCCUUCUACUAAAAAAAAAAAAAAAUAAAAGUUGUAAUAUAGAUUCAAGAUGUCUUCAUGUUCAAAUGCUCAAUCUACCAAAAUUGGGUAUAUUCCCCGUCAAAAUGAUCAUCCCAUCAUCACAAACAUGGAUUGUCUCGAGGGUAAUUCAAAACCCGAGGACGAAGAGGAUGAGGAUGAGGAUGAAGAUGUGGAUUUCAAUCCUUUCUUGAAGGAAACGCUGUCACUGGAAGCUUCGUCAAGUUUGAGCUCCGAGAUAGAAGGUUUAGAUUGUGGUGUUGUUGAUAGUGGCAAUGUUAGGGUUAGGGCAUCAAAGCAUAAUGGUGAGAGGCAAAACUGUGAAAGAGAUUCUGAGCAGGGGGAGGAAGUAGUUAUGGAAAUGGCGGUUUCUUCGGAAGCUGUAUGUGAAAAAGAAUUUGAAAAAGUUGACGUUAGAAACCCCAAGAAGAAAGCAUCAACCUUGGUCUAUCAACCAGGAAGUGAAACUGUUGAAGAAAAGGAUGACAACACGGGCAAUGGAACUGAUGUUAAUGAUGUUGUGGAUGGAGAGUUGGUUAAUGCGAACGGUUCCGAGAAAGCUGUGAUAGAUUUAGAUACUGAAGAUGCUAUAUGCACACGUACCCGUGCUCGCUAUUCUUUAGCAAACUGCACACUUGAUGAGCUUGAGACUUUUCUUCAAGAAACGGAUGAUGAAGAUGACCUUCAAAAUGUGGAUGAUGAAGAAGAGUACAGGAAGUUUCUUGCUGCUGUUUUACAUGGCGGGGACGGGAAUGGGAGCGAUCAUCCAACUCAAGAAAAUGAAAAUGUUGAGGAUGACGAGGAUAAUGAUGCAGACUUUGAGAUAGAGCUCGAAGAGGCACUUGAGAGUGACAAUGAUGAAAAUACAAGGGACGAAAAUGAAGGGGAAUAUGAGAAAGGAGGACGGCGGCCCGAGACUAGGCAGAAUAGGCUCAAAAAAACCUAUGUUCAGAGUAGAAAGAAGCCUUCAACACAGACAAAGAGACCGUUACGGCCACUUUUACCGGUUCUGCCAAAUGUACCAAUUUCAUCUUUGUCCGCUCAGAUUAUGAAGAUGCCCGAGACAUCUGUACAAGAUGGUUAUAUAAAUGGAUUCACCCAGCACCAAAUAGGCCAGCUUCAUUGUUUGAUCCACGAGCAUGUGCAGCUACUUAUUCAAGUAUUUUGUCUGUGUGUUCUUGAUUCUUCUCGUCAGCAUAUUGCAUCCCAAGUUGAGAAAUUGAUUCUUGAGAUGCUUCACAAGCGCAAUGACGUGCUAGCAUGGAGAACUGAUUCAUAUCCGAGUACUUGCUUUUGCCCUGCAUACCUUUGUUCAACAGUGUCAAAUGAUGUCUCUAAAUUUUUGCCAAUGCAAUGCGCUGUAGGAUCUCCUCCUAGAAAUGCUACAGACGAAGUAUGUUCUCCAAAUAAUGAGGCAGCUGCUUCUCAAAACAUUUACCUUUCAAAAGGAAGGUCUGAAUGUGCUUCUAAUGGUCAUGCUGGUUCUUUCCCAAACAUGGAGGGCCUCUUUUGGGUGCCUCAUGUAGGUGGUCCUCCUGUGACCAUACUAGAUGUAGCUCCUCUUAGUUUAGUUGGCAAAUUUAUGGACGAUAUGGAGAGAGCUGUCCAGGAAAGCCGCCGGUGUCAUGUGGAAAGUGGCUGUGAUACUCGUCUUGAGAGAGAACCUCUAUUUCGCUUUUCUGGCUUCCCACCAGUAGUUCAACCUCAUUUUGAACUAUUAAGCUCUCCUGGUCAACAACCACGCAAGAAGACUUUGGCUGCGACACUAGUUGAAAGUACCAAGAAGCAAUCGAUUGCUUUGGUCCCUAGAAACAUUUCAAAGUUAUCUGAGAGAUUUUUCCCUUUGUUUAACCCAGCAUUAUUUCCGCAUAAAGCACCCCCUCCGGGCGUCUUGAAGCGGGUGCUUUUCACUGAUUCCGAGGACGAAUUGUUGGCAUUGGGAAUGAUGGAAUAUAAUACAGAUUGGAAAGCAAUUCAAGAACGAUUUCUUCCUUGCAAAUCUAAGCAUCAGAUUUUUGUCAGGCAGAAAAACCGCUGCUCAUCUAAGGCGCCAGAAAAUCCCAUAAAGGCAGUUAGGAGGAUGAAAACCUCUCCGCUUACUGCAGAAGAGAUGGCAUGUAUUCAGGAGGGGCUUAAGGUUUACAAGUAUGAUUGGAUGUCUGUAUGGCUAUUCACUGUUCCCCACAGAGAUCCAUCCUUAUUGCCUCGACAAUGGCGCAUUGCUCUUGGAACUCAGAAAUCUUAUAAGCUUGAUGGAGAAAAGAAGGAGAAGCGCCGAUUAUAUGAACUAAGUAGAAGAAAGUGCAAAUCUUCAGCUACAGCUAGUUGGCAAAAUAAAGCGGACUUGCAGGUUGAAAAUUCAGGUGGAGGCAAUAACAAUGCAGAUGGUUCCAUUGAUAAUUCAGGCAAAGCUUAUGUUCACGAGGCCUUUUUGGCAGAUUGGAGACCAAGUGACCCCAGUGGACACUCUAGCCUGGAUAUUGCAAGAAAUCCUCACAGUGGAACGCUAUCUCCGGAACAACUACACAAUUAUGUUUAUGGGAAAGCUCCUCAAACCAUUGGGGGUUACAUGCAACAGUUUUCGUCUACGUCAAAAUACCAGCAUCCUUCAUUUCAUUUUGCUGGUGUUAGACAUUCUGGAGCCAAUACGUUUGAACCAAACAGUUUAGUUCCUAAUACAAUGCAAAGUACAUUGAAGUCCCAAUUCUAUUUUCGCCCAUACAGAGCCCGUAAAUCUAAUGGUAUGCACUUGGUCAGAUUGGCACCAGAUUUGCCCCCCGUCAAUCUUCCACCAUCUGUUCGUGUUGUCUCUCUGCGUGGUGCAUCUACACCGGUUUCUGCUGCUGGAGGUGUUACUGGUGAUGCUGAGAAAGAAAAUUUAAUGUCUCGUAUACCUCUUGCUGGAAGGUCGGGGAUCACUCAUGUCACAAAAUCUAGAGAGAACAAAAGUAAUGCCUCAAAUGAUUGUCCAAUAAGUUCAAUUGCAGAAGAAUCCAGAAUUAUUAAAGAUACAUGUGCAGAGGAUGACGGGAAUAUAGAUUCUGAUCUUCAGAUGCAUCCUUUACUAUUCCAGGCACCUGAAGAUGGACGUCUACCCUAUUACCCAUUGAACUGCAGCCCCAGUAAUUCCAGUUCUUUCAGUUUCUUUUCUGGAAAUCAGCCACAACUACAUUUAAGUCUUUUACAUAAUCCUCGCCAAGAAAAUCUUGUUGGUUCUUUUACCAAGUCAUUGCAGUUGAAGGAUUCCACCUCCUCAUCAUAUGGCAUUGACUUCCAUCCUCUCCUGCAAAGAACUGAUUAUGUACAUGGUGACUUGAUUGAUGUUCAAACCGAGUCAUUGGUGAAUGCGGAUCCACAUACAACGAGCAAAUUUGUUGAGAAAGCUAAUGAACUUGACUUGGAGAUCCACAUAAGUUCUGCAUCUAGAAAGGAGGGCUCUUGGAAUAGAAAUGAAACAGCACAUAAUCCAGUGAGAUCAGCAACAAAUGCACCAAAUUCUGAAUUUACAUCAAAAACUCAAAAUAGCAACAGAUCACUUUAUUUGCAUAAUGAAAGUUCUCCCUCCAAUAUUAGCAGGCCUGUUUCAGGUGGCCACUCAUCGGUUUUACCAGGUGAUAACAUUGGUAGAUACGUGGACGAUAUGGGUGACCAAUCUCAUCCAGAGAUUGUGAUGGAACAGGAAGAGUUGAGUGACUCUGAUGAAGAAAAUGAAGAAACUGUCGAGUUUGAGUGUGAGGAGAUGACUGAUUCUGAAGGAGAUGAGGGAUCGGGAUGUGAACAAAUAAAUGAGCUGCAGACUGAGGAAAGGUGUAGUCAGGCCAUGGAAAAGCUUAACACAGCAGAUUGUGAUGAUAAAACCUGUGAAUCAAGAACCAAAAUUCAUUAUCAAGACAAUGUUCCAAUUUCGGGAAAGAACAUUCCUUCCUUAGAGUUAGGUUUGACAAGUCGAGGGAAGGAUGAUGCUAGUAAUUCUUCAUGGUUAAGUCUAGAUUCAUCAGGUGCCCACCAUUGUCUUGCGCACCUAAAGAAAAGUGAGCGUGAAAAUACUGCAAUCAGUGCAAACCCUGUAACCAAAAGUUUGGCUUCUUCCCGUCCCAGCAGAUCUAGCAAGAAGAAGAACCUAAGCAUGGAUGAUGUUGUGGAACAGAGACAAAAUUUCGAUGGGAAACAACUCAGCUUGGCUCCUCUUCGAAUUCCCAUCUUGAGGAAACCCAGGAAACGUGCACGUGGAAGUAGUGGUAGUUUUAACAUAGAAUUGGAUGUACAAAACACUAACUGCAAUGGUGAAGAUAAAGUUUCUUAGUGGCUGCUUUGCCUAUACUAACGAGUUCAUUGCCUUUUGCAGGAACGUGUGUUUAACUUUAGGGCUUGUUAGGGAUUACUACAACAUUGAUAGAUUGCUGGUCUGUGUUGGCGCCAUUGCUGGCUAAUGUGAUU